AUGCCGGGAACACUCAGACCUCGCUCUGCCCUUGGCAGCGAGCAGCCGGCGAGCGCCGGAGCUCACCGAGCAGGUCCGGCGUCCCAGAGCGAGCCUCGGGGCCGGAACGUGGACGGGCUGAACGCAGCUCUGCCAAGCAAGCCCUCUUCCUCCUGCCUCUAUCCCCACCACGGUCUGGCUCCUCGAAUCUACCGGGAGCUCGUCUCCUCCCGCUCGAUGCCCACACAGAACGUGGAGGUAGGGGACCAUAAAUUCAGCGCUCACCGCAUCGUGCUGGCAGCUUCCAUCCCCUAUUUCCACGCCAUGUUCACCAACGACAUGAUGGAGUGCAAGCAGGAUGAGAUCGUCAUGCAGGGGAUGGACCCCAGUGCUCUUGAGGCUCUGAUCAACUUUGCCUACAAUGGUCACCUGGCCAUAGAUCAGCAGAAUGUCCAGUCUCUGCUGAUGGGGGCAAGUUUCCUGCAGCUGCAGAACAUCAAAGACGCUUGCUGCACGUUCCUCAGGGAGAGGCUUCACCCCAAGAACUGCCUGGGGGUGCGGCAGUUUGCGGAGACGAUGAUGUGCGCGGUGCUCUACGACGCCGCCAACAGCUUCAUUCAUCAGCACUUCGUGGAGGUGUCCAUGUCCGAAGAGUUCCUGGCGCUGCCUUUCGAAGACGUCCUGGAGCUCGUUUCGAGGGAUGAGCUCAACGUGAAGUCUGAAGAGCAGGUAUUCGAAGCUGCGUUAGCUUGGAUCCGGUACGACCGAGAUCAGAGAGAGACGUUCCUGCCCGAGCUCCUGUCCAAAAUCCGCCUGCCCCUUUGCCGACCUCAGUUUCUCACCGACCGCGCCUUGGUCCGCGCCUGCCACAAGUGCAGGGAUCUAGUCGACGAGGCAAAAGAUUAUCACCUCAUGCCGGAGCGCCGACCACACCUCCCGGCAUUCAAGACCCGUCCCCGGUGCUGUACGUCGAUCGCCGGCUUGAUUUAUGCCGUCGGGGGACUGAACUCAGCAGGUGACUCGCUGAACGUGGUGGAAGUCUUUGAUCCCAUUGCCAACCGCUGGGAGAAGUGCCAGCCGAUGACGACG